UCGGCACUGAGCGCCGCCGCCAUCUUGGCAGAUAGAAGGAGCCUGCUGUCGCCGUCGGCCGCCGACGUAACGCCGUCCAGCUGAGCCGUUAAAGCUGAGCGCGAGCUGUCUGGCUCCGCUGCUGGUGAACGCGGAGAAAUCGCGGCGAGUUAUCGUUCGUGCGAUCGCAGGAACCGGCCGAGGAGGCGGAGACGGCGGACGCGGAGGAGGGAAGAAUUGGAGCGCAGGAGGAGAACGAGAACGCGAGGAGAAGUGCCGGAAGACCGGAAAAAGCAGCGCGGCGGGCCAAGUAUAAUAUCGGGGUGAGCGGAACGUCGCGGACGCCUCGCGCUGGUAGCGCCUGGUCUCGGCUGUCGCGUUUGCCGUCCGUGUCGUGUCGUGUCGUGUCGUGUCGUGCCGUGCCGUGCCGUGUCAGUCUGGUCGCAUCGCCGUGCUCGUGCCGCUGUGGUGUCGUGUGCGGUGAAGUUAGCCGGAGUGCCGAACCCCGUGCGGUCUCGCUCUCGUCCGUCCGUCCGCGUCGCGUCAAGGACGGCCAACUUCACUCGCUUCUCGCGGCCGUCGGAAUUCCUCGCGUCAUUGUCAUCGUUGCCGUCGAUCACGCGGUCUUUUCGCGGUCAUUCGUUCUACCGGGGCACGAGGGAGGAAAGACACUCGGCCGCGCCGGACGGAUCGCCGAGGGAGGAUACGCGAUUUCAUCGUGAACGUGAGCUGCUGCUGCUGUUGACUGCUGCUAUCACCGUGACAGCGGGACAGUAUGGCGGGACAGACGAUCAACGACAGGCUGCUGGCCGCGAGGCACAGCAUCGCUGGCCAGGGCCUCGCCAAGUCUGUCUGCAAGGCCACCACGGAGGAGAUGAUCGGACCCAAGAAGAAGCAUCUCGACUAUUUAAUCCAUUGCACCAAUGAGCCGAACGUCUCCAUACCGCAGCUCGCUAAUCUCUUGAUAGAGCGGUCGCAGAACACAAAUUGGACAGUAGUCUUUAAGGCCCUGAUCACCGUGCAUCACAUGAUGUGCUAUGGCAACGAGAGGUUCACGCAAUAUCUCGCAUCCAGCAACAGCACGUUUCAGCUUAGUAAUUUCCUUGACAAGAGCGGCGUACAAGCAGGAAUACGCGUGGGAUAUGACAUGUCACCCUUCAUCAGACGUUAUGCCAAGUAUCUCAACGAGAAAGCUCUUUCCUAUAGAACGGUAGCGUUCGAUUUCUGCAAAGUAAAAAGAGGGAAGGAAGACGGCACUCUACGCACAAUGAACGCCGAGAAACUCCUGAAAACUUUGCCGGUACUGCAGUCGCAACUCGACGCACUGUUGGAAUUCGAUUGCACGGCUAACGACCUCACGAAUGGCGUCAUAAACAUGGCCUUCAUGCUCCUCUUUCGAGAUCUUAUCAGAUUAUUUGCUUGUUAUAAUGACGGCAUCAUUAAUUUGUUAGAAAAAUAUUUCGACAUGAACAAGAAGCAGUGUCGAGACGCUUUAGACCUUUACAAGAAAUUCCUAAUACGCAUGGACAGGGUCGGAGAAUUUCUCAAAGUCGCGGAAAAUGUUGGCAUUGAUAAAGGGGACAUACCAGAUCUGACGAAGGCACCUAGUAGUUUGUUGGAUGCUUUAGAGCAACAUCUCGCUUCCUUGGAAGGAAAAAAGGGUUCCGCUGCGAAUACGCCAACGCAGUCGGCAAGCAGCAAUAGAACCAAUGUAAAGUCGGGAGUGUCCGCCCUGUCUUCCACCAGUACCGCGUUCGGAACAGCAGCCAGCAAUGCGCGACUCGAGCAAACCGGGAAUGGCCACAUCGACGAGGCGUUGCGACAGCAAGCUCUCGCGGAAGAGGAAGCUGCCAUGAAUCAAUACAAGGCAAAAGUACAAUCGCCGUCAAGUACUAGUACGAAUCCGUUCCUCAGUUCACCGACUAAUAACGCUAAUCAGCCGAUCGUGGACCUAUUUGCAACGUCAGCAUCCGAAAGUCAACAGCCACAAUCUCAGAAGGCAUCGGAUGAUCUAUUGCAAUUGGCGGGCAAUCCGUUCGCAAACAUGUUCGGGACGCCGCAACCGGCCGCAGCAGCCACGCAACCCGCUGCUCAGAUGCAGAAUAAUAUGUGGAUGACCAACGGUACUGGUUUCGCGUCAACUGCGCCACCAGCAAAUAAUAACUUUGUUACAGAUAAUAGUUUUUCCUCCGUAUUCGGAAAUCAAGAUCAGCAAUCUACUGGCGCCCCAGGAACGGCGUCCGUACCUAAUCCCUUCAUGUCCGAUUUCCCAACCCUCGGUACUGCUGGCGGCCAACAAGCGACAAACGCGGCCGCCUUCGGGCUCUUUGAUCAGAACGCCGGCAGUGAGUCGGGACAGACGGUACAAACGGGAACGGCGCCAGCCGGAGACUUCUUCAGUGCCGGUCAGGCGGAUCUCUUCGGGGGUGACGGGCCUGCCGCUGCCGCCGCGAUGCUGAGGAACCCCGCGAACGGCGGCGACGGGGAUGCUGCGGCGGCCGAGGUGGUGGCGUCGGCGGCGUCUCCCGCCGCCGGCAAGACAUCGUCUACGGCUACGCCGCCACCUAGACCACCGCCACCCGCGACCGCCGUUGCUGCCGCGAACGGUGCCGCACCGCGUGCAUUGUCUCCGACCGUCGGUAUCGGCGGAGGAGCAUCACAUGGUAGGCCAGCGGUGGCGACGGCGCCAACGGCGACAGCGGCCCCGGCACCCUCCGCUAGCAAGAGCGCUUUCGACGAUCUCAACGAUAGUAUCCGCAUGGCACUGGGUGGGUCUCCAUCACGGCCGGCACCAAUGGUCCAGCAGCAACAACAAGCUGCGAUGAUCGCUCAGCAACAGCCGCUGCAGCAACAAAUGCCGCCGGCAGCAGUGGCGGCGGCCGCUGGUAUGUUUGGCAUGAACGACCCUGUGACCGGGCAACCAAUGAUGACCGGUGUGCCGAUCGUCGGCUACGGUAUUCCUACCCAAGCCCAAGUUCCCGUGGGGUACGGUUCGCCGGCAAAGCAGCCGAUGUCAGCCACGGGACAACCGGUCAAUGCAGCCAGCACUGGCAAGGUUUUGACUGGAGAUUUGGACAGCAGUCUAGCUAGCCUCGCACAAAACUUGACCAUCAAUAAAAGCGCGCAGCAGCAAGUCAAAGGAAUGCAGUGGAACUCACCGAAAAACGCCGCGAAAACAGGUGGUCCAGCUGGCGGAUGGUCACCACAGCCAAUGGCAGCUACCACUGGUGCUGGAUAUCGACCCAUGGGUCAAGGAAUGACGCAGCUGCUACCUACGUCCACCACAACUAUAGGCUUCCCAUCACAGACCGCGAUGAUGGGUAUGCAAGGUAUGCCGAUGGGCAUGCAGGGCAUGCAGGGUAUGCAGGGUAUGCAGGGUAUGAGGCCGAUGAUGUGUACUAUCCCAGGUGCUUCCGCCGCUCCUGGCGGUAUGAUGGUUGCGGGAGGAGCUGCACCCAUGAUGGCCAUGCCUGGUGCGAAUCCCAUGAUGGCUGGUCCUAAUUUGCAGCAGCAGCAUCCUCAAUCUCAACCCGCUGCAGCAGCUCAGCCACAAGGCAAUGCUGUCCAACUCGAUCCCUUUGGUGCUCUGUGAAGGGAUUAGGAUUCCAAAUGGAAUUAAGAAGACGGAGCUACGUUUUGUAAAUACCGUGUAAUAUGCCUAGAAAGAAAAGAAACAAAGCUAAUGUGUCCCGCUUUUCUCUGUUAGACCAUCAAUCUCUGAUUAUUGAUUGUCAUUCAAAUCGUCUCACUAUGAAUACAAUCGAUAAAUUGUAUCAUACUUCCUGUAAUAUUCUCGCCGAGUAUACAAUAUGAUGUUACUCCGAUAUCGCGUCCUUCCCGUGAGCAUCGGUGAAAGUUAAAUGUUGUUAGGUGAAUAUCUGUCUACUUUUUAUGUGAAAAGAGACAAGUUGAGUCCGAAUUAACUUCGACCGAUAUUUACAGGAACCACGCGUAGACAGGGCGCUUUUCUCCGCCUUGAAAGUCCGUAGGCGGACUUAAUUAUGUAGCUUAGAUUGAGAGUUGUUCGGACGCGAAUUGCGUUUAGAAUAACACGAACAUGCAAUGAAUUUUCCUGGUGAGGAUUAACUGUGAUAGUAUUGCGCCGUGUGCCGCGCUGAACAGUUUUUCUUCGUUGAUACGUCGAGUAAGCCUAUUGUCGAAGAUGCAUUUUCUAAGUUCGAUGAAAGAUUUCCGUAAUUAUGUAGCGAUAUUUAGGUAAAACGAUUAGUUUUUACAUUAAGGCGGAACGGGAGGGGGGAGAUUGUAUAUCCGAUAAUGAGGUCUGUAAGAGUGCGUUAUCGAAUACGAUAAAGACACUUGGUUCGUUAUGGUUCUAAACGUAUUCGCGUUAGAUUAUAUACACGUAGCUGACGAUUGCACAUACCAAUGUCCGCGUUAAUGUUAAAGAAGCCAGUAGGCUAAAAUUGAAAAAAA